AUGAAACCAAGGUUAAACAGGGUAGGGAUACCCAGUAGUGGUCGACCGAGGGUGAUGAACAAACUACUGCAUUUUCGAAAGGUAGACACUGGUGUAGUUGGGAGCAAGAAUAACCUACGGGAAAAGUUGAAAGACCUUGUUGAAAACAAUGAACAAUUGAGAUUAUAUGCACCAGAACCCAAUCACAACGAUGACCGAGGGCAAAACCGGGACCGAAGCGGGCACCGGGACCAGGACCGAAGCUGGCACCGAAGCUGGCACCAAAGCGGGCACCAAAGCGGGCACCAACAACUGAGGAUAAAGACGGAGAAUAUUCGAGGACCUCUUAAAUUUUUAAAAGAAAAAUAUGCUUCGACACCUUUCCUUGACCAUAAGGGGAAACCUUUCACCGUGGAUACUUUGCGAGCGGGAGAUUUGAAGUUUUGUAGCCCCAAAGCGAGGAUUAUUUUUGAUAACGUUAUGAGAAUCAAAGAUGCUACAAAAAUCCAGGUAAAUCGGCUUUUAUCGUUACGUUUGUUGGGAACAAGCAAAGAACAGUUGGAAGACCCAUAUUUCAUUACCCUGAAUGCUUAUGAUUUGUUAAAGUGCGACCAAGACGAUAAAAGAGCCACAUACUUGUGUCGUAUCAGCAAAAGAGAAUGUGCAAAAGUCGGCAUGAAUGUGAUUAUGGCAUGGCAUUUUGAUAGGAAAGAUCAAAAAGCUGGUAUCAAAUCGUUUCACGAACGACGCAGAUUUGGGAUACAGUGCGAUGAGUACACAUACUCAAUGCUUUUCAAUGGAGUUUCUAAAACAACUUCCUGGGGGCACGCAAGCCAAGACCUUUGCGACAAAAUGUUGGAAAUAUUUAGAAAUGGAAGGGAUGAGUUUCUGAACAAGAGCAGUCAGUUUACCACAACCGUGUUUAACGCAUGUCUAAGUAUUUUGGUGAAGAAUUUUCAAGAUAGACAAGCAAGCGCAUGGGCUUUCUUUGAUGAACUAACCGGGAAUGAAGAAACCGAAAUAAAGCGCAUAAAUCCCGACGCACAAACAUUCACAAUACUAUUGCAGGGAAUCAAGAGAUAUACUGAGCAUGAAAGAGAAAAGACUUUGGAAGAUACGAGCUUGUCAUCACACGAGCGUAUUUUAAGGCUAUUGGAAUUAGAGGCUGGUCAUGUAAAAACCGCUGAGAUUAUUAUGGACAAGGUGCGAGCCUUAGCAAUGCCUCCGUUGAAAACCUCGGAUGAGGUGUUGAAUUUAAAGAAUAUAAAAAAGUGGAAACAUUCCAGAGUACAUAUAGACUUUCCGGUCAUUACAACAUAUAUCGCAAGCCUAUGUAGUCGUGAUUCGGGUACGGGUUUAGGGCUCCAUAAAGGAUCUCAUUAUGCUUACAACGAAAGAGCCUUGGAUAUUUUACGUGCAGUUUCCCCCGAAGCUGAUAAGUUGUUGAAAUACAUUGAAAGUGAUAUUCAAGACAAUCGCAUCACAGUUUCAGAAAAGUCAAAAUCACAAACAGAUAAAAGAAUCCAGAAUGCAAUGAAUCGUGUUGAAGGUGUUAACUUGAAAUUUUUCAAAAAUAUGGAAGAUCUAAGACCAUCUCACGUCCUUGGAAAUUUUGAUCCGCUUGCAUUUAAUCCGGAGGUCUACAUGGUCCGUCAUGACAGAUUUAAGGAUCAGCCUGAACCUUUGAUUAAUCUCAAAAGCGAGCUUUUGGUAAAGGAAGACAAAAAUCUAAAGAAGAAAAGCAAACAACCAAACAAAGGAUCACUAUCAUUUUCUAUAAAUCGAUUUAUGUUGAAUCAAGUUUUUGACAGUCUUGUCAACAUUGGACGUUUUAGAGAAUUUGUUCAAGCAUUUUACUAUUCUAUGGCUGAAUGGGGCGGUCUCAAUAUCGAUACUACAGACUUGAAGAAACAAGAUAUUUUUGGCAAUUUUUUUGAUAAAGUUCCCAAACUGCGCCUGAAUCAUAAGAACAGAGUUGCUUCCAUUGUUGAUGAGGCCAUGUUCAACACUCUCAUAUAUAAGGUUGGGGAGCACGGCAGAACCAAUGGACGUACAAGAACAAACAUUUUAGUGCAAAUAUUACGCUUUUUAGCUGACCCAAAUUUUGGGAAAGAUAGUAUCCCAUUGACUUUUGAGCAUAUAAACAAUAUUUGUUCUGUUUUUGUCAAGGACUUACAUUAUUAUAAUGAUUAUCAUAAGAAAAAGUUGUACACCUCGAAACAUUUCAUUCUGAGUAAACAGUUGACGGAGUUUUUGGAAAACUUGAUUGAAUUUCAACAGACCUAUAGGGAUUACUUAGGCCGAAAGGAAAAGUCUAGAGUUCCCAACUCAUUCUGCUCUUUCAUGGACAAAGUCAUUGGCAUUGUAAGCUCUUCACAUUGGACAGAUGUUGGUACUAGUGAGAAAAAGGCGUACUUUGAUAAGUUAAUCCUCAAAGCAGGUAUUUUAUACUAUAAACCAAAAGUUUCAUUAAGCAAGGAUAACUUUGACCAGCAUACUCUUGCUAUUGAAAAAUCACUUUUAAAAUUUCAAAAGACUUUGAACGCGGAUAGCAAACUUACUCCCGAGAAUAAAAAGUUACAAAUUGCUUUGAAGAGACUUGAUGUCAAGUAUUACAAAGAUUUUGAUGCAAAACAACAUACUAAGGUACUUGAAGAAAUUUAUCAAACGAUUGAUGCAGAAAAUAGUGGAAUCGAAGGCUCCACUAUCGAGCCGGCCACUAUCGAGCUGGCCACUAUCGAGCUGGCCACUAUCGAGCAGAGCGAGAUAGUGGAACACACUGCCUAG